ACUCGAAGGAAAAAGUCACGGAUUCAAUAGCAAGUGAGAACAGGUGUUUAUUAAACACAAAUAGAAGAGGUAGUGCAGAUGAGAGACGAGGCAACAGUAGAAAUAGCAGGCUCGGCAACGCAGGACUCCGUGGGCGGAAUGCAAAAUGGACGAACCGUAGACGAACCUCGGAACCGGCAGGCGAAUCUCAGCACAGGAACACAGGGACUGGAGCGAGGGAGAGAAACCGUGAGCCGAACCUGAACCUCCACAACCAUCUGACAAAGACAAGACGAGGUGACAAACAAUAUAUAGGACAUUCUCAUUCAACACAGCUGGCGCUGAUCAGCGAUAACGAGCCGCGCCCGUUCAUACAACACGCACACACAUAGCAAGGGCGAGUCAGUGAAUCCAAGAACCGUGACAAGACCUGAACAAACCAUCAAUCACUUGUUUAACCCUCACAUUGAGUUUCUCAAUGAGGCUAAAAUUUAUAUUAAAUGCACCAGUUCAGUUAGAAUGUCACACAACGCUGUGUCUAAAAGACAGGAAGACUUAAUUGCUGGCAAAACAGAGGAAUGAAGUUUAUUUGAAAACUUCGGAUGGUCACAUACAAAAACACAAAUUUCGGGAGCAGAAACUGGGCUUCCUAAAUCCCACACCAACAGGGCGGAUGGCUGGGAGGAACGGAGCGAAAAGGGUGCAGUCUCACGUUCCCAAUCCGGACCCGUUAUCCAGUGGAUCACUAAAUCCUCGCCUGAGGAUCCUGAAAACAGUACAAAAGAAGAGAGGAGAUCUCUACAUACGCAAAGUUGGACGCUUCGUCAGUGAACAUUCAUUAAAAAACAUGGCUAAUACCACAGAGAUUGUCGAUGACAACUCUAUAUUGAGAACGGACUUCAUUCAGGAGCUUCUUCCAUCUGCGGAGCGAACGUCUCUCCUUUAUCACCUGGCUUUCCUGAGUCUGGGAGGAUUCCCACAGCUGGAGCGUGUGAUCAGAGAUCAAGCUAUUGAAACACAACUGCUGUUCGGAUCCUCUGAAGCCCUUCUGAUGAUGUGUGUCGGCACGUGUUCCAACCUGGUUACCUCCCUGUUUCCAAUACUGAAAAAAGCUGUGGAGAAGAACAAACCCGUUUUGGCGGUGAGGUACCUGAUGAAAGCCAAAGAGUGGAUCAGUGACAUCGUAGCACAAGUGGAUGUCAUAGUGAAGAGGUAUGAUCGACACAACGAAAGUGUGAAAAAAUCCACCAGUGACGUGUAUCAAGAACAAGACGAGACCAAAGAAAAAAAAGCGGAAAAAUCUGACGAGAUGAAGGGUCUGGAGGAUGCUCUGGCCAAGCUCGGAGUGGAUCUGAAAAGAGUAGUCGACACAAUUGAGAUGAAUGAGGAACAAAUUAAAAAAACAACUGACGAGCUGAACGACUUCAUCAGAAGAUUCCAGGAAGAACAUGCCCACUGGACUAUGAAGUUCCUUGACUGUUUUAGAGGCUAUCCAGAUGCUAUGAAGGAGCCUAGUGCCAUCGCUCUGGAUAUAAAACUGAAACAACUCGACUCUGAGAAGAGCAGUCUGAAAAAUGAAGAGUGGAACAUCAAAACCAGGCAGCUUGAGCUUCAGCUGCAGCUGGCCAAUUGUCAAAUCCAAAUGGGUGAGAUCCCCGAUCCUGAGCAUCUGAAGGAAGUCCAGAAGUGUCUUUCUCAAAUCCAACAAAUUCUGGUUGAUCUGAAAAAGUUUUGGGAGAAGGUGGAUGCUAUUCUGAAAACACUGAAAAAUAAAACCUUUGUUGGGGAGGAACUCGUUGACAUGGAGGACAUGAAGGAUGAGUUUCUGAGCUCCAUUGACGAUGCAGGAAAGUACUGGAAGAUAUUUGGUUUGUGCUGUCAGAGAGUUCAAGGCGUCUUCAGCAUUCAGUCUAAAGAUGCAUAUAAAUUCCUGGAGAUCAAUCCGUCUUCGCUCUCUGAGGAGGAGAGGAACCAGCAGUAUGAGUCUAUCAUGGAGAAGCUGAAGAAAAUCAAUCCAGAUCCGCCAGCACUGUGUGACACCCAGGAAUGAUGCUGCUUACACAAAUCAAUGCAUACAGCUUCUCUUGUCAUUUUCAGAAUGCUUCGUAAUCUUUACAACUGCUCUUGAACAUGUUCAAUUACAGUUCUGCAUAUACAUGUUCUUUAAGUUGAUGUCAGGAAUAUUAUUUAGAUCAGUUUAUGGCUAUCUCUUUCAAAAUCGCUUUGCAUUUUUAUUAUGCUACAUACAGAUCUUGUGGUCUGGUCACAUGAUUAAUGUCUCUAAAAAAAACAUUUCUAAUGCUUCGGUGUACAAUACAUCAGGGAUGCUUCCAUCCAUAAUUCAUGUUAAUAGAAUUAUUUGUUGAUACCUUCUCUAGAACACAAAAGAAAAUGAAAAUGCAGAAGAAAUUGUGGAAUUAUUUUGAACUGUAAUGCAAUAUAAACAUAACCCUUGUCUAAACGAAUUUACUACAUUUAGUGUUAAUCAGAAAGUUAAAGCCAUUUUGUAAUAAACCAAGAAUUAUUUGGAGAUGCAAGGAAAUGCGGUGAAAGUACUGUACAUUUGAAGUACUGUAUUAUGUAGCUCACAUGCUAUGCUAAUUAGGCUAUUUGGUGUUAUGAACCAAUUAGUGUUGAAGACGCCUCAAAUGAUGGUUUAUAAAAAAAAUGUAAAAUAAUUUGAAUGCAAAACUAGGAGCAUGAAGGCUGUGUAUUGUCUAUCAUCUAAUGAGAUUAAGAAAUACAACUGAAUAAUAUUCUCCAUAAUAGCCCUGUCAAGGCUGUAGGCUGUCCUAAAUAUUUGUGUGUGCUUUUGUGUGUGUGUGUGUGUGUGUGUGUGUAAAUUUUGCAGUGGUAAAUUCAUUAUUUUAAGAGUUUAACCUUAAAUAAUUUACCAGUUUAACAGUAUUAGCUCUCUAUCAUCCAGUUCCAGCUCCAACUUACCUAGAAUAGAUUAUUAGUAUUGUAUAUUAAUAUUACUAUUAUUAAUUCUGCAAUACUUGUGCCAGCUUCAAUUAUAUUGUAUCAAGAUUGAUGCUUGAUAGUGAACUGUUCCAAACUCACAAUUACUGUAAUAAAGAUAAGAUUAAACAUUCAAAUA